AUGGCAUCAAACAAUGAAGAAAAUAACAUUGAAAGUGAAGAAAGUUAUUUGAAAGAGUUAAUAGAAACUUAUAAAAUUCAAAGAAAUUUAACAAGGAAUUGCAUUAAUUUAUAUAUUUUUCUUAAAAUUAAAAAAUUUGAAAAAAUAAUCGUUAAAAAGACUGACUUUGAAAAAUUAAUCAAUUAUGUUCCAUGUAAAGAUUUGUUUACACUUAAAAAUGAAAUUUAUUAUUCUGAAAAUUUCAUUCAAAGAUUUAAAGAUAAUAUAUUAAAUAUGAAUUUGAUUUACUUAAAAAUUAAAGAAGAAUUAAGUAAAAUAUUACUAUUAAAGUAUAAUAAAAAAUUAACAGAAGAUGGUUCUAAGACUUCAGAAUUAAUGUUUUUGGAACAUAUAAUUAAUAUUGAGAUAUCUAAAAAUGAAAUCUUUCCUUUAUUCAAUGAUAUAAAAACAAUCUUGCUUGGUGUUUCUGAUCUAAGAUUAUUUAAUUUUAUUUUAAAAACAAUGAAAUCUGUUGAAUUUACUGAAUUCUUAGAUACAUUUGAUUUUAAUGAAACAAGAUUUUCAAGAACAGAAUUUUAUGAUUUUAGAAAGCAAUUUUUACUUAAAUCUUAUGAUUCAACUAAGAAUGAAAAAUUUUUAUUUUAUAAAAAACUUAUUUAUUUGUUUUUAAAAAAUAAUAUAAAUGAAGGUGAUAUUAGAAAAACUUUUAAAUUCUUUUUAGAUUUCUUCAAGGUUAAAAAAAGGUUUGAAAGUGUUUUUAAAGAAAAUCAAUAA